AUGCUGGUCCUGUCCACCGUGAUCCUGCUGCAGUCUACCUUAGCACUGCGGUCAGAGUACCGGGCCGGGAGCAAUAUCAAUCGCCAGAAUGAGCACAACCACUACACACCAGAAGAAUAUGCGAAGAUGAUUGAUGAGUACUCGGCGACAUGGGAGAAGCUCGGCAUCGAGGUUGAGGUCUUUGACUCGCUGGAGGAGCUUUCCAGAUCCUACGCUGCGCCAUGGAAGGGUCCCGGGGACAAGACCGUGGGCAGCCACAGUUCGGAGGAUACUCCGAAGUGCACGAAUGGAAGUUGCUGGGCUGUUCGGAUGGAGGAGGUGGUGCCUUACUUUGCCGAAAACGAGAGCUCCGAAGUACUCCUCUAUCAUGGAGGUGACCUCAAGGCAAAUGAGUUUGCAGACGGCAUCAAGUUCCAUGUGGGGACGGACGAACUGGCCGGCCCUGCAUUCUUCACCACCCACAACUUGUACUUGGCCCUCUACUAUGGUGGGAAAGGCAUGAGAUCAUGGGCUGACCCGUCAAAUUUCUCCGACCGCGAGUUCUACCGCAUGGCUAUGGAGAUUAAGGUUCAGAAUCCACAAGCUUGUGAAGGAAUCGUUCCAGACUGGAAGUUCAUGAACGAGAUGGCGACAGCUUUCAACUCGUCCUUGGACGACAUGAUUCAGCAGCCAUGCGGUCACGAAAAGUGCUCUUUUGUGGCCGUAAACUGGAAUACGGACGGCACAGAAGGAUCAGGGUGGCUUCCCUACGAAUUUCGCAUGCUGCCGGACAGCCUGGAGACCUGUGGGUUGAAGAUCUCAAGAAUCAUCAUGGUUCGGGAUGACGAGGAGCAGACAUUCAGCGACUUCCGACAUAGCGAUGCCUGGAGGGGCACUGCCCUGAUAUUCAAUCGACUCUACAUGAAGCACGAUGAGGCGGCGAAGGAGCUCGCAGGUGGAUCAAGCUCAUCAAGCAGGCCUUGA